GCUCGUCUCGCAGCCUCUGCGCAGUGAUGGCGAGCUGAGAAAUCUGCUCAGCGCUGGAGAAUAUCAUCACCCUCACACGCAUACCCUCACACGUCCAGAGAGGAGGGGAGACGAAGAGAGAGAGAGAGACGAGGAGAGGAAAACACAGCGGAAGAGCUCUGCUAGAUACCAAACGGAAGCUUCUUGAGCGUUAGGAUUUUCCAAACGGCGUCUGUUUCUCUCACGUUCUCACCUGAGGGACUCCUGAAGCGGAGGAAAGCAACGAGGGGUCGCUCGUUUUAUUUGGGAAGCGCGGGGUUUGUCUGCUGGCGAGCGGCAGCGGAGAUGCUCCUGUAAUUGGAUUCAUCUGGAAAGCGCUCAAACCGCAAGGAGAGCUGCUUAAGUGACAGCGGCUCUCUAACGCAGCAUAGUAAAUUCUCUUCUUUCAGCCCGUCUCUUCGUCUUUCUUCUUUUUUUUUUUUUAUCUCCUUCAGCUCCGUCUCCCUCUCUUUCGUCGGCAACCCCUCUCAUCUUCUUCCCACAGCUGAAGAGUUUGCGUCGCACGCGAUGGGCGAUAAAGGCACAAGGGUGUUCAAGAAGGCUAGUCCCAAUGGAAAGUUAACCGUGUACCUUGGUAAGAGGGAUUUCGUUGACCAUGUGGAUCUUGUGGAGCCUGUCGAUGGCGUGGUUUUAAUUGAUCCGGAGUACUUAAAAGAGAGAAAAGUUUUUGUGACCUUGACGUGUGCUUUCCGCUAUGGACGGGAGGACUUGGAUGUUCUCGGCUUGACGUUUCGCAAAGACCUCUUUGUGGCCAACAUCCAGGCCUUUCCUCCUGUGCCUGAAGAGAAAAAGAGCUUGACACGUCUACAAGAGCGACUGAUAAAGAAACUUGGAGAACAUGCCUACCCCUUCACCUUUGAGAUUCCUCCGAACCUCCCCUGUUCUGUCACGUUACAACCAGGGCCAGAGGAUACAGGAAAGGCCUGCGGGGUGGACUUUGAAGUGAAAGCUUUCUGUGCAGAAAACGUUGAAGAAAAAAUCCACAAAAGGAAUUCAGUGCGUCUUGUCAUCAGAAAAGUGCAGUAUGCUCCAGAGAAGCCGGGACCGCAGCCAAUGGCUGAAACCACAAGGCAGUUUCUCAUGUCAGAUAAACCUUUACACCUGGAGGCCUCACUUGACAAAGAGAUUUAUUAUCACGGUGAACCAAUCAGCGUCAACGUCCAUGUUACAAACAACACAAACAAGACAGUAAAAAAAAUUAAGAUAUCAGUGCGUCAGUAUGCUGAUAUCUGCCUCUUCAACACCGCCCAGUACAAGUGUCCAGUAGCGACAGAGGAAUCAGAUGAUAUUGUGGCCCCCAGUGCUACGUUUUGUAAAGUAUACACUCUCACACCUUUCCUGGCGAAUAACCGAGAGAAACGAGGCUUGGCUCUGGAUGGCAAACUCAAACACGAAGACACAAAUUUAGCCUCAAGUACAUUGUUAAGGGAGGGAGCCAAUAAGGAAAUCCUGGGCAUCAUUGUCUCUUAUAAGGUGAAAGUGAAGCUGGUGGUGUCUCGUGGAGGGUUGCUUGGAGAUCUCGCCUCAAGUGAUGUUGCCGUUGAGCUCCCCUUUACAUUAAUGCAUCCCAAACCAUUGGAGGAAUCGAUCUACAGAGAUGCUCCAGAAAAUGAUGCCCCCAUCGACACAAACCUCAUUGAAUUUGACACAAAUGACGAUGACAUCAUCUUCGAGGACUUUGCUCGACAACGACUGAUCGGGGCGAAAGAUGACAAAGACGAAGAUGAAGAGGGUGCCGAUUCGCCCAAACUGAAUGACAGAUAGAUCGCAGAUAAGAGUUUCCUGUGUUGUGCCGAUACAAGAGACCCUUUUGAGAUAACCUGGAAAAAUGGGACACCCUUUAACACGCUCACAGUGGUGAAGUUGUUGUGUUCUUGUUCACAUUUGUCUCUUCCAUCCUGCAAGGGUGUACAGUAAAAACUUAAGUGUAGAAAACGUGACCUUGUCGUCGGAGCGAUUAGAAGGUGAGGUUUUAGUUGAUUGGCCGGCCACCGAGUGCCUCGGGUGUUUGAGGGUCUUUUAGGGUUGAGGCGAUGGCUUCUCAUCUUAGCUAAAUCAAACGUCAGUGGUAGCAUGCCUUUGUUGUCGCUUUGUUUUAUAGAUUCUUCCUUUGGUUAGAACUGAGGAAGAUUUUAAGGGCCGUGAUUUAGUUUUGAACCAUAUUUAAUGUACGGAAUUUAUCGUUUUAAUGACUGUAAAUGGAACUGGAUUUAGUAUUUUUUAUUAUAAAAGCUGCCAAAUUGAAUCAUCUUUAUAAUGUCUAACGUCUCAACUGAGAGCUUUUGAAUCGGUCAUGCAGAGUGACAGAAAGAAGUAUUUUUUCCCUCCCAGUUUUCGGUAAAAUAUGUUACCUAAUAAAAGUUAUGGAUACACAAAGUUAAGUCUACAUGGUACAAUGCAACAACCAUUUAUUUUUGUUUUCUCUUAGCAGUCAAUUUCAAUUAUUUCUAGAAGUGGGUUUCUAUGAAAUCAUUUCAUUAUAAACAAAGCCUACGUAUCUUCAAGGGGACUAUAUAUUAUUAUAUGCUAUUUUUUACCCAAGUGAAGCUUCUCAAACAGAGCACCUAUGAAUAGUCAUGAGCUACAAACAUACCAGUUACAGUCUCUAUUCUGAAUAAAGCAUGUGUGUGCUCACAUCUGUCUCUUCUGUGGAACAGAAAAGAACUUAGAAGAAUGUUCUGGUAUAUUUUUCCCCAACGCUAUCACUAUUCAUUUAUAAGCUGUCAUGAAAAAUCAUUACUUUGCCUUGCGCCAUGUGCAUAUUGUAUGCAUAUUGUUCUGAAUGAACAGGUUUGUGCGAGGGAGAAACCAACAUUUAACAUUUAUUCGUAAAUAAUCUUUCCAGCACUCUGGAACUGGCUCAGUUUUCGAAUUAAUUAUUUAAUAAUUCAUUGACUCAAACGAACAACUCGUUGAAUUGAGAAUUGGAGAAUCAAUUGGACAGUUCUAGCUCAACUGUUUACUACUGUGCUCUUUUUUAGAGCUGCUUUACAGCAGAAUUUAAUUUUCUUUGUAAUUAUUGAAACACUAUUUUCCUGUUUAACACUGUAAAGCUGCUUUGACACAAUAUGUAUUGUAUAAAGUGCUAUAUAAAUAAAGAUGACUUGACUUUAACAAAUCAAACACACUUUGGACACAGGCUCACGUGGAAUGCUUCUGUGAUACUUUCAAGGCGCCUUUCUCCAUACGGUCCUUUUUGAAGCUUGAAAGCUCUAGUAUCCAAAAAAACCCCCAAAAAACAACCAGCACGUUCCUUAAACUUCUCUUGUGUUCCAUGAAAGAAAUAAUGGCGAAAUAAAAUAACAGUGAAGAAAUGAUGACAAGAGUUUCAAAUUUUGGGAGAACCUUUAACUUCAUGUCCACACCCCUCUAGACCCAAUCAGUAAUUUUCUGGACUUGAGAGCCACUUAAACGAAAUGAAUUGGAAAUGUAGCCAUUUACACAUUGCGAAGUUAUUAUUGUACUUUCUAUAUGAAUGAGGCCUUGAUUUACUGCAUGAAACAUCAGAAAUUUGUAUGUUUUGUGAAUGAAACAUUUUGUAAAAAAAGAAAGAAAUAAAGAGAGAAAAAGUGAAUGAAUAACUUAAAAUAGAUUGUUAAGUGAAUUGGUAUAACUCCCAUGUGCUGGAUAAACCACAGUUAUAUAAAAUAAACUUUAUUACAGACAUAAGGCAAGAUUUGUCAAGAAAUGGUGUUGAUGAUUCAAUGUAAUACAAAAUUACAAUAUAUUAAAUAUAUAAUGCUCUAUGUAUCAAA